AUGAAGACUGCCGCUAUCUUCUCCGCCCUCCUCGGUCUAGCAAGCGCUGCUGCCGUUGAUCUCACUAAGCGAGCAUCGCCUCUCGAUGUUAAGGUCGAGCAGCUCGGCAACACUGGAUUCAAAGCGAGCAUUACUAACACGGGAGACUCCGCGCUGCGAGUGUUGAAGACUGGCAGCAUUCUUGACUCAGCACCUGUCGAGAAGGCUAGGAUUUCACAGAAUGCCAAGAGUAUUCCCUUUACCGGCCCACGCUUUUUUAUCCACACUGAGAAUCUCUCAGACUCAGCCUUCCAGGUGAUUGCUGCAGGAGAGACGGUCGAGGUUGAGUGGGACGCUGCUCAAUGGCAUGAUUUGGGUGCCGGCGGCGCCUUCGAUAUCGCCACUACUGGAAGCCUCCAGUACGCCAAUGAGGGAAGCAACACCAUCGUUGGCCAGGUUGUUUACAGCUCGGAUACGAUCCAGGCCAAGGUUGACGGCACCCAAGCUGCUGAAGUCUUCUCCGCCUUCAAGAUCGCUCAGCACGAGAAGCGCGUCACAGUCCAGAACGACUGCAGCGGCUCGAGGAAGACCGCUGUUACCAAUGCCAUCAGCAAGGCCAAGUCAUAUGCUCAGUCUGCCAGUUCUGCUGCCACGGCCGGAACCAGACUGAACCAAUAUUUCCACUCCACCUCAAGCAGCACAAAGAGCACAGUAGCGAGUGUGUUUGACAAGACCGCUAGCCAGUUCAGCAGCAGCACCAGCGGCGCCGUGAAGCUGUACUGUACCGACGUCGGAAACUGGUGCACCGAUGGCGUCGUCGCCUACACCCAGCCAGGAGGCAGCGAGUAUAUCGUCUUGUGCGAUUACUGGUUCCAGUUCCCGGCAUCCUCCACCGCCUGUCACGCCGCUGACCAGCCCUAUGUGUUGGUCCAUGAGGCGACGCACUUGGUUGCUGUCAAGGGAACCGACGACGUUUGCUACGGCUAUGAGGGCUGUGUGACUUCCAUUAGCGCUUCGCAGUCACUCAACAAUGCUGACUCGUAUGCCCUUUACUCUAAUGGUAUUCUGGCCAAUUGCUGA